CGCACGUGGACCGCGGAGCUGCUGCACCUCCCGACAGAUCUCGGGCUCCGGGCGCCGCGUCUCCAGGCGCAGGGAAACGCCAGCCGGGGCAGGAGAGCGCGCCCAGGCCCGGCUGCCCCAGCCGUGUCCGCCCCGGCUCCGCUCCCCGCCGCUCCCGCUCCAUGGCUCCGCGGCCGCCGCCGCCCAUGCCGCCCUCCAGCUCGGAGGGGCCUCGGGGCAGCCGGUACGGAAACUCGGUCAAGGACUAAACAGCACAGCCGCCUCCUCGCCGCCCCCUCUCCAUCCCCCACGGAGAGCCGAGGCGUGGGGGGAAAGCAGGCAGGAAGGAAGAGCGAGAAGAAGCGAGUGGGAAGCCGGGGCUCUGGGCGCCGCGGGACAGUCCAGCCGGGAGGAGGCUGCGCCCGGGGCGGCGUCGCUGGGUCGCAGGGAGCUCCGGGGCGGAGGCUGCGGAGAGGCGUCCCGGUGCCUCAGGCCGGCCCCGCGCACCUGCCCGGCUCCCGGUACCCCCUUCCCCGAACGCCACCGCUGCGGCCGGAGCGGGGCUCGGCGGGCCUGGAGCACGUCUGGGUCUAAUAUGCCCGGAGCCGAGGCGCGAUGAAGGAGAAGUCCAAGAAUGCGGCCAAGACCAGGAGGGAGAAGGAAAAUGGCGAGUUUUAUGAGCUGGCCAAGCUGCUCCCGCUGCCAUCGGCCAUCACCUCGCAGCUGGACAAGGCAUCCAUCAUUCGACUCACCACGAGCUACCUGAAAAUGCGCGCUGUCUUUCCUGAAGGUUUAGGAGACGCGUGGGGACAGCCGAGCCGCGCCGGGCCCCUGGACAGCGUCGCCAAGGAGCUGGGGUCGCACUUGCUGCAGACUUUGGAUGGAUUUGUUUUUGUGGUAGCAUCUGAUGGCAAAAUCAUGUAUAUAUCGGAAACAGCCUCUGUACAUUUAGGCUUGUCCCAGGUGGAACUCACAGGCAACAGCAUUUACGAAUACAUCCAUCCUUCCGACCAUGACGAGAUGACGGCUGUCCUCGCAGCCCACCAGCCUCUUCACCAUCACCUGCUCCAAGAGUAUGAGAUAGAGAGGUCAUUCUUUCUUCGAAUGAAGUGUGUCUUGGCGAAAAGAAACGCGGGCCUGACGUGCAGCGGAUAUAAGGUCAUCCACUGCAGCGGCUACUUGAAAAUCAGACAGUACAUGCUGGACAUGUCCCUGUACGACUCGUGUUACCAGAUCGUGGGGCUGGUGGCCGUGGGCCAGUCGCUGCCGCCCAGUGCCAUCACCGAGAUCAAGCUACAUAGUAACAUGUUCAUGUUCAGGGCCAGCCUCGACCUGAAGCUGAUAUUCCUGGAUUCCAGGGUGACUGAGCUGACCGGGUACGAGCCACAGGACCUGAUCGAGAAGACCCUCUACCAUCACGUGCAUGGCUGUGACGUGUUCCACCUCCGCUACGCGCACCACCUCCUGCUGGUGAAGGGCCAGGUCACCACCAAGUACUACCGGCUGCUGUCCAAGCUGGGCGGCUGGGUAUGGGUGCAGAGUUACGCCACCGUCGUGCACAACAGCCGCUCGUCCCGGCCCCACUGCAUCGUGAGUGUCAAUUAUGUCCUCACGGAUAUUGAGUACAAGGAGCUGCAGCUGUCCCUGGAGCAGGUGUCCAUGUCCAAGUCCCAGGACUCCUGGAGGACCGCCUUGUCUACCUCACAAGAAACUAGGAAAUUAGCUAAACCCAAAAGCACGAAGAUGAAGACAAAGCUGAGAACAAACCCUUACCCCCCACAGCAAUACAGCUCGUUCCAAAUGGACAAACUGGAAUGCGGCCAGCUCGGAAACUGGAGAGCCAGUCCCCCGGCGAGCGCUGCGGCUGCCCCAGAACAGCAGCUCCAUUCAGAAGGCGGCGACCUUCUGUACGCCCCGUCCUACAGCCUGCCCUUCUCCUACCAUUACGGACACUUCCCUUUAGACUCUCACGUCUUCAGCAGCAAAAAGCCGGUGUUGCCAGCCAAAUUCGGGCAGCCCCAAGGAUCCCCGUGUGAGGUGGCACGCUUUUUCCUGAGCACGCUGCCAGCCAGCGGAGAGUGCCAGUGGCAUUACGCCAACCCCCUAAUGCCUAGCAGCCCGUCUCCAGCUAAAAACCUUUCUGAGCCGCCGGUGAACCCUGCUCGGCACGGCCUCAUGCCAAACUACGAAGAUGAAAUGUCCUGCUUGGGGGAUACAGGCUGGGCCAGUGAAGGUCUGUGACAGUCUGAGGAGCCCAAGCCCAUGAGACAGAAGGAUGCUGAGUGCCUGCAAAGCACCCAACAGUGAUGAUGAAAUGGGCACAUCUGAACCUACAGUCGGGGGCAGAGAGUCCCAAACGGACCUGCACGUUGAACUUGCACAAGUGCAGACCCACAAGUGCUGAGCACAGGCUGUGGUAAUGAAGGAACACUGUGGCCAGCUUUGCAAGGUGCUACAUGCAGCCAUCGUGCAAACAAAUGCUACAAACAAACCUAAGCCAAGGUCUGCACGCAGCGC